AUGGACAAUGUGUUUGAUAUAUUUCUCAAUGAGAAAGGAAAAUUCAGGGAAUCCUUGACUGGUGACACCAAUGGGAUGCUGAGUCUAUACGAGGCGUCGUUUUUGGGAACAAAUGGUGAAGACACAUUGACGCAAGCCAUGGAAUUCACAACAACUCGCCUGAAGGACGUAAUGCCACACUUGACACCGGAGUUUGGUAGACAUAUUGGCCAGGCUUUGGAGCUUCCGAUUGACUUGAGAAUGGCAAGGUUAGAAGCCAAAAAUUACACCGAUCAAUAUGUCAAGGAAAGCAACUGGAGCUCCGAUGUGCUAGAACUAGCAAAGUUGGAUUUCAACCUGGUCCAAUCACUGCACCAAACAGAGUUGGCUGAGCUAGUCAGGCAAGUGUUUGAUGAUAUUCCCCAUAGACACUACUUCACAAGAGAAACGCUAUUUGAAAGUUUAGAGUGGUGGAAAGAAUUGGGUCUCUGUGAUAAGCUUACUUUUGCUCGUGAUCGACCGCUGGAAUGUUUUCUUUGGACUGUGGGGAUUUUUCCGAAGCCACACCAAUCAACUUGCCGAAUUGAACUCGCCAAAAAUGUUGCCAUUUUGCUAGUCAUUGAUGAUAUCUUUGACAGUUAUGGAACAUUGAGUGAACUUGUUCUCUUUACCAACGCAAUUCGAAGAUGGGAUCUUGGUGCAAUGGAGGAGCUUCCACAAUAUAUGAAGAUAUGUUACAUGGCACUAUACAACACUACCAAAGAAAUUGGCUAUAGGGUCCUCAAAGAACAUGGAAGCUGCAUUGUUUCACACCUUAAAAGAACGCAGAAGAUAUGUACCUACCCUCAACGAAUAUUUAGAAAACGGGGUCACAACAGCAGGGACAUACAUGGCCUUGGAGCAUACUUUCUUUCUCAUGGGGCAUCAAUUAACAGAGGGACCUGCAGGGGAUAUCCUAAGCUCUUCUCAUGCUCAGGAAGAAUUCUUCGACUUCGGGAUGACUUGGAAACCGCCACGGAGGAGCAACAACGGGGUGAUGUAGCAUCGAGCAUCGAAUGCUUCAUGAAAGAGCAGAAACUUUCAUCCGAAGCUGAAGCGAGGACACACAUUAAGCAGCUCAUUCAAAACCAAUGGAAAGAGCUAAAUGCGGAGCUAAUGGCCCCAAACACACUACCACUAUCAACCAUCAAAGCCUGCUGUAACCUCUCAAGAACUGCUCAAGCUAUUUAUGACCAUGGACAUGAUAACAGGGCUUCAUGGGUCCAUGAUCAUGCAGACUCUUUAUUCUGCAAGCCGAUUGUUCUAUAG